AUGGACGCUGAAAAGUUUACAUCGACGAACCGAAAUUUCCCAAAGAAGAAGUGCGGCGUGCUCGGCGCGACGGGCUCAGUCGGCCAGCGCUUCAUUCUGCUCCUCGCGCUCCACCCACACUUUGAGCUGCACGCUGUCGGGGCUUCGGAGCGGUCGGCUGGCAAGAAAUACAAAGAUGCCGUCAAGUGGAAGCAGGCGCUGCCGUACUCGGAGCGCAUUGGAGAGUUGGUGGUGAAGAAAUGCACGCCCGAGGAGUUCAAGGACUGCGACAUGGUCUUUUCUGGACUCGACAGCGAUGUUGCGGGGGAUGUUGAAAUGGCCUUCCUCAAGGCCGAACUCGCCGUCUUCUCCAACGCAAAGAACUACCGUCGCGAUCCUCUUGUUCCACUCGUCGUCCCCACCGUCAACCUCCCACAUCUCGACGUGAUCAAGCACCAGAGGCAACACUACAAGCUGGACAAGGGUUUCCUGGUUUGCAACUCAAACUGCGCUGUCAUUGGUAUCGUGAUUCCGUUUGCUGCGCUGCAGGACAAGUUUGGUCCCGUUGACCAAGUGUCGGUGGUGACAAUGCAAGCUGUUUCAGGUGCUGGGUACCCGGGUGUCAGCAGCAUGGACAUUAUCGACAAUGUCGUACCUUUUAUCUCGGGCGAGGAAGACAAGCUCGAGACGGAGGCGUCCAAGAUCCUGGGAAGCGUCAACGAGGGCGUUACGGGUUUCGUGGAUCAGCCCAUGAAGAUCUCUGCGGCAUGCAACCGAGUGCCGGUCCUAGACGGACACACGGCAUGCGUAUCGCUCCGCUUCCAGCGUCGCCCACCCCCGAGCGCAGAGGAGGUCAAGCAGGCCAUGCGCGAAUAUGUCUCGGACGCACAGAAGCUGGGCUGCCCGUCUGCGCCCCAGAAAGCCAUUGCAGUCAUGGAGGAGCCGGACAGACCCCAGCCCAGGCUGGACAGAGAGACGGACAGGGGAUACACGGUUAGUGUGGGCAGAAUCCGCGAGGACGAGUCUGGCAUCUUUGAUAUCAAGUUUGUUGCACUAAGCCACAACACGGUUAUCGGAGCGGCAGGAUCUUCGAUUCUCAAUGCCGAGGCUGCUGUGCUCAAGGGCUAUGCGUGAGCGCGGCCGUGCCUGUAAAUAGAAUGAAUGAUGUUUGGUUUAUGC